AUGGCUGAUGAAGGGCGAGACUCCCCGUCAGGUGGUGCAUCUCCAGCUGCCACGACGACAACAAGAACGACAUCUGAGCCACCCAAGCCUUUACCCAAGGGAAUGGUACUGGGCCCUGAUGGCAAGCCGUAUAACCUGUUGAGGUGUCGAUCCUGCUCCUCCAAAAGUGCCUUCUCCAGCUGGGCCUCCCAGAUGAAUGGAUCGCUGAAAAAGAGUGCAACAGUGACCUCGGAACCUGCCGAUGACUGCCCGCCUGAUGUCGAAGCACUUGGGCGCGGCACUUGGCAGCUACUGCACUCGAUUGCUGCGACGUACCCCGAGAAGCCCUCGUCAGCACAAAAGGAGGAUCUCCGAGGAUUCAUGAGGCUAUUCUCAAAACUGUACCCCUGCUGGGUGUGCGCAGAGGACUUCCAGUCUUAUAUGCAAAGGGAGCAGAUAAGGGUUGAGGGGCGUGGCGAGUUUGGAAACUGGCUUUGCCAGGCUCAUAACGAGGUCAACCGUAAGUUGGGGAAGAAGGAGUUUGACUGUAGCAAAUGGGAGGAGCGAUGGCGCACUGGAUGGAAAGACGGCCGUUGUGAUUAA